AUGGAGUGGUUAACGAGCGCUGAGGGUGUGAAUGCCCGUCAGGAGCUGGAGGCGUCCGUUCAUGAGCACCACCCUCACUUGCGUGAUGAGGAGGUUGACCUCAUUGUGGACGGCCGUCUACUACGCAUGGUUUGGGAGCGCGCGGCGGAGCAAGCACCUGCAAGCGGCCAGCAAGGAGGAACUGGUGUAGGAGGAGCUGUGCUCGAAGCUCCAACUGCCGUGGGCAUUGAUGGAGGAGGUGUUGCACUGACCAUUGACACGGGAAUGAUCGGGACGAGCUACGGUCAAUUCAAGUUUGGAGUUGAACACAUCUCCGUGACGCCGCUGCUGGAGGGAAGGCACGACCUUACCGCGUGGACCCAGUUAGCCCAACUUAGGAAGGGAGACGAUGAGACGGCGGAAUCCUACUGCAAUAAGGCCCGCACCAUCCGAGCGGAGCUGCUGACCAUUGGACAAGAGGUCCACAUGGCUACGUUUGCCGCUCACGUGCUGAAGGGCCUGCCACGAGAGUACGGAUUUCUUCGCCGCAAGCUCAAAAUUUCCAGCCCUGACAUGACGGUGGAACGCGUGUGCAGCGAGGUGUUGAUGGAGGAGCAGACUCUUUCCAUCGAACAGAGCUACAAGCAUAUCACCAGCGAUGUAUCUGCUUUUUCGGGCGCUGACAACACCAUCAUGGCUACAACGGAGGUCAACGGGAAGGAAGGAAAAGGGGGAAGGGAGCAGAUGGACAAGAAGAAGGAUGGCAAGCGGGAGAAGAAGCGAGCCCUCUUCAAGGGGCGCUGCUACAACUGCAAUGAGGAGGGGCACAUGGCUGCCAAGUGCCCCAACAAGAAGAAAGAUACAACGCCUACGGCAGCCGCGAAUGUAGCUGAAGGAGACGAGAAGGGUGUGGCACUCACCGUCGCGUGUUCGGCUUCAAAGCUGCUGGCUGACAGCAAGGACUUGUGGUUCCUUGACUCAGGAUGCUCCCAACCCAUGACCGGCUGCAAGGAGUGGUUCACGGUGAUCCGCGACCCAUCUGCAACGAAAUCAGUCAAAGGGUUUGAUGGUUCUAUGCAAGAAGUUGCCGGUAUUGGAAUGAAGGCCAACUUGGUCCCCCCUAGGCAGCUCUUGGACAAGGGAGCAAAGCUGCAAACCGAGGAAGGUGUCACUCGCAUCAUCGCAUCAGGAGGUCAAGUGGCUGCAACGGCACGAUACCGCCAUCGCCUUGACUGCCUUGACCUGAAACCGGGGCCAGCAAGGAACGGUGCAACGGCACGGCGGCUGCAGCGGCAUGCACCAAUAUGCGCGCCAGAAGAGAAUGACGAAGCGGCCAACCUCACAACAUAUGCAGUGGGGACCGAGGCGAUGCUCAACCUGCGGCACACUCACCUUGAGAAUGACCAUGCUGGUGUGGUGCAGUGGACAGCCACAAACAGUGGCAUGCUAGGCAUGGACCUAGAGAAAGGAGGAACGGACACGUCGAGCGCCUCCUCCCAAGAAGCCAAACUCACUCGUCAAACGCUUCCGCUGCCUGACGAGCGAGAGGGGGAGGUUCUUGGGAUGGUCCAUGGCCCUGAGCAGAAUCAGCCGCCGUCACGUAUCAUCAUCAUAAUCCCAGUGCCGUCCGUGCAAGGGGGAAAACAACCGUUUGAUCGUUCAGUUGACUCUGCGGGCAGCAACGCAAACAUGGCUCCGUUAGCUCUCUGUCCAUCCUUAGCUGCUGGCUUGGCACCUGUGGGACCAGAGGUUGGUCUCUCUGCGGAUGGACGUCAUGCAGCUGAUGAAGACAAAGAAGGAGAGGCAACGGAUCUGAAAUCGACGGCAACCCGUGGGAAGGACCCCAUACCCACGGUUCCGCCCCUCCAGCCCAUUCCCCCACCCCCAUGUCAUUCUAGCAGGUCCAACAAGGGUAUGCCACCUGUUCGGCUUCCCGCAUCCACCAUGACAGCCUUGGAUGCGGUUGAUGACAACAACAUGUACGGCAUUGCAUUCCUUGCUGGAGGUGCUUAUGGCACGGACAUCUACUAUGAUGUGGAGUACUUGGAUGAGGCUUAUGAGGAGGAAGGGGGAUUGAGGAGAAUCAUCAUCAACCUCGAGGUAACCUUGACCGGACCUGAAGGCAAGGUGGUGGACAAAGGUCUCCUCAUGGCGGACUACAUGUCAUCCACGAAAGGCUAUCUUGGUCUGCAGAUUGUGUGCGACCACCCCAACAAGACACUCCUCCUGCACUAG